AUGGCUGGGUUUGCACUUGCUGCUUUUGGGUUUGGCCUUGUGGUAGCAAUGCUAUUGCCUGGACUAGGCCUUGGGGAUGACUUCGUCUCCACAAGAGCUACUUACUAUGCUAGUCCUAAUUGCUUUAUGUUUCCAUCUUCGGGAGCUUGUGGCUAUGGAGAAUUUGGACGGAAUGUGAAUGACGGUAAUGUAGCUGGAGUGUCAAGACUUUGGAAGAACGAUACAGGAUGUGGCGAUUGCUACCAGGUAAGGUGCAAGGCGCCAAAUGUGUGCAGCGACGACGGACUAGGGCGAGGGAGACCACACGGACUUCAUCCUCAGCCCACGCGCCUACGGAAGGAUGGCGCGUCCCAACUGCGCGCCGGAGCUGUACAAGUACGGCGUGGUGGAGGUGGAGUACAUUACAAGAGGAUCCCUUGCCGCUACGCCGGCUACAACAUCGUCUUCAAAGUCAAGGAGCACAGCAAGUACCCCGAUUACCUGGCCGGCCAGUACGACGUCACAGCGGUCGACAUUUGGCAGGAGGAUUGCAAGCAAUGGAGAGGGAUGAGGAGGGCGUACGGUGCCGUUUUCGACGUGGUUACCCCACCAAAGUGCGAACUCAGAGUGAGGUUCCAGCUGGUGAGCAGCGUGGAAACGACUUGGUUGGAGUCCAAGAUUGCCAUUCCAGGGGAGUGGAAGGCUGGAGCUACUUAUGAUUCCAAUGUCCAACUCAACUAA